AUUUAUCAUUUAUCUAAGAUACUUUUUUUCUGCUAGUUUUGUGGGUUAAUUUAUUGUUUGCUAAAUUAAUGAUAUAAAAAAGAAUUGGUUGCCAUUAUAUUUCGUUUUCUGUUCGUCAAACCAUGCUAGGUAAACUUCUUUCAAAGGACUCUAAGAGUUCUAAUUCAGAAUUCACUGAAAAAAACAAAAAUGACGUUGAAGGCAACGUUUUACUGGAUGUUCCUGACGAUACUUCUUCCAAUUUAAGUGCUGAUGAAUUCUUACAUUUGGUUGUUGCUGAAGAAGCCGGCCAUACCAUUAACUACCGUAAUUGCUCCUGGCAGAAGACUGCCGGGUUGUUGUUUUCGGAAUAUAUUUGUCUUGCCAUCAUGUCCUUCCCCUGGUCUUAUUCGGUGCUUGGUUUGGUCCCCGGGUUGAUUUUGACCUGCUUCAUCUCGCUCACGGUUUUGUAUACUGGGCUUACCAUUUGUGAUUACUGUGCUGCUUAUCCCCAUAUAACAAACGUUUGUGAUAUUGGUCAACACUUGUUUUGGGGGUCGAAAGCCGUUUGGUAUGCAACCGCGAUUUGUUUCCUCCUCAAUAAUACGUUGAUUCAAGCCCUCCAUGUUUUGGUGGGGGCCAAAUACUUCAACACCAUUAGUGAUAACACUACGGUUUGUACCAUUGUGUUUGCGGUGAUUUCCGCCAUCAUCUGCUUCUUGAUUAGUUUACCCCGUACGUUUUCCUCGUUAUCGGUGGUUGCUUAUUUCUCUGCAAUUACCAUGUUUAUUGCAGUCAUUUUAUCGAUGAUUUUUGCCGGUAUUCAAAAACACCCGGGUCAUUGGUCCUCUGCUGACAAUUUACCCAUCCAUUAUAACUUGUGGCCGGAAAAGGGUACCACUUACGUGGCUGGAAUGUCGGCGUUUUUAAAUAUCGUUUAUACUUUUGUCGGUCAAAUCACCUAUCCUUCUUUUAUUUCUCAAAUGAAACAACCAAGAGAUUUUAAAAAGGCUUUAUACGUGGUGACUCUUUGUGAAUUAAUCACUUUUGCUCUUGCUGGUUCAAUUGUUUACGUUUACGUUGGUCAAAACUAUAUCACCGCCCCGGCCUUUGGCUCUUUAUCGCCAGUUUUCAAAAAAGUUGCCUUUUCCUUUGCUUUACCAACCGUCUUGUUCUUGGGCUCCUUAUACUCGAAUGUCUCCAGUCAAUUCUUAUUCUUGAGAAUCUUUGAUAAAGAUUCAAAACAUAGAAACGAACACACCGUUACUGGUUGGUCCACCUGGAUUGGUCUUAACGCUAUUUUAUGGAUUGUCGCCUUUAUUUUGGCAGAAGUUAUUCCCUUUUUCUCCGACUUGCUUUCUCUUAUGUGUUCGCUUUUUGACUGUUGGUUUGGGUUUGUCUUCUGGGGGGUGGCCUUUUUCAAAUUACGUAAAUUGGCGGCUGAAAGGAGAGGUGAAUCUUUUUCAGUCUCUUCUUUAUUCAAAUCUGGCGGUAUUGUAACCAAAUUCGAAAUCAUCGCUAACCUCUUCUUAAUUGCAAUUGGGGUUUAUAUCUUUGGCCCAGGGUUUUAUGCUACUAUUCAAUCCAUCAUUUGGAGUUAUCAAGAAAAUGCUUACGGUUCGGCUUUUGCUUGUGUUUCCAAUGGUUUAUAGACCUGUAUUUUCUGUUCAAUUCUUCUAUAUAAACUAUACAUUUUUUAAAUAUAUAUAUUUCAUAUGCUAUUUUCUUGAGUAUCCCAUAUUAUGGUAACUGGACCAUCGUUAACCAAUGAAACGUCCAUCAUCUCUCCAAAUUUCCCAUCCUUAACCCGUUCUUCACCAAUUUCUCCUCUUAACUUAUUCAAGAAUUCAUCGUAUAAACUUUUGGCGGUAUUCCCUUUGGCUGCUUUAUG